AUGGAUGAAAAAGUAAAGAUGGUCACUUCUGGACUUUCGUUGAAUGAUUGGGCAGAAUAUUGGCUCUGGAAAGUGGCACCCUCUUCGCCGUCUGCCUUCGAGAUCAUUGAACAAUCUGAUUGGUCAGAGGUGAACUCCUCCUAUUGGAUAGACACUAGUAAAGCCUAUGUGGGCUCAAAAGCCUUUCCCUCUCCAGGGCGUCGUUGGCAUUCACGUAAUCACAAGCUUGAGGAAUCAGGACACUCGAAUAUCGAUGAAGGGCUUGGGUAUUCCUCUAUGCCUCCCCAUAGCACGACCACUGCAGUCGGUAAUAUUGCGACCACUACUAGCACUGAUCAGAGAGGAAAAUAUUCUUUUCCCACUGGCUCGGAGUAUUUUGCAUCAUCGUCUGAAUUCGCUAGUGGAGUGUACCCCUCAUCUACCACUUAUUCUUCCUCCUCAGAUGGGGUGAUUUGCUACGAGCAGGAUCCUCGUAGUAGCGCCUACUCUAGUCUUAUUCGACAACAGAAUAACACUACUACUGGAGUCUAUUGGGGUGAGACGGAUCCCUACCAGAGUAGUGGAGGCUAUCACUUUGAGGCGUCGCCUGCAUACCAUUUUACUGGCUUCGCCUCAUAUGGUUAUUCUGCUUCCUCUGCAGCUGUAUCCACCACUAGUUCCACUAGCGCCUACCAUCAUCAGGGUGUUUGGUCAGGCACGGCUUACCAUUAUGGAAGAACAGGAGGGACGACGCAGUCUUCAAUGUUCUAUACUUCCAGAUCGAGACGAAUGCGACCGCAAGGGGCUGUAGGUAGAAUGGAAGGGAAUGCUGACGGGGGUGCAGGAACAGGAGAGAGAAACAAGACAUAUGGAUCUUCACCACCGCCACCACCACCCCCACCUCCCACAAACUCGACCAGAGUGUCACAAGGAUCACCGACUGUUCAGUGGAGGCCUCAGGGUUCGGGGCAGAUUCAGCUGUGGCAGUUUCUGUUGGAGCUUUUGGCAGAUAGUCGCAACCUUGCCUGUAUUACUUGGGAGGGCACCAACGGCGAAUUCAAGCUGGUCAAUCCCGACGAUGUGGCUAGACGAUGGGGUGAGCGUAAAUCGAAGCCUAACAUGAACUACGACAAGCUAAGUCGUGCUCUCCGCUACUACUACGAUAAGAAUAUUAUGAGCAAGGUUCAUGGAAAGCGGUACGCCUAUAAGUUCGAUUUCACCGGCUUGGCUCAAGCCAUGCAACCCUCCACGUGUGAUGCUACCACUGCGGCCGCUUCUGCUGCUUCUGCCGUCUCCCUCGGCCUCUCUACCUUUAGAAACACUGAAACCUCUCUCUGUUUCCCUCGUGAGUCCACGACAAAUGACGAGCACCAACGCCAACAGCAGCAGCCGCAACAAAGGAAGAACAACUCCAAACGCCCUCACGAACCCUCUCCACCCCCACCUUCACUCCAAACUGUCCGGGAUUUUGAGGACUGCGGAGCUAAGCACCAUCAUCAGCAUUCAACCACCACAGGCUAUCCUACGUCACAGCAGUUUCUCGCUGCAAGAGCAGCAGCCGCUGCAGCUGCCUGCUUCUUCCCAGAGGUGCAUCACAAUCACAACCAUCAACAGCACCACGCUGGGGGAGGGUCGGUGUCAGCGACCUGCUACGAGGGAGCAGAAGCCUACCUGGCUCAACCGCAUGGAAGCUAUACCAACGCUUCCCCAGCUUCCUCGUCUGGCGGCGCUUCGUCAUCCUACCAGACCAACCCCUUUGUUAUGACAACAGUGGGGUAUAAUGUGGAGAGUCUGACCAAUAGCGCUGUGGGGCAAGCACCUAAGUGA